AUGGCAGACGUGGAUAAUAUCUUUGAUUGUAAUCCGACUCGUACUCAAUCUAUUCAUAUCUAUCUAUCUAUCUAUCUAUCUAUCUAUCUAUCUAUCUAUCUAUCUAUCUAUCUAAUUAUCUAUUUCAAUCUAUCUAUCUAUCUAUCUAUCUAUCUUGGUCCAUUCAUUAUCUAUAUAUCUAUCUAUUUCAAUAUAUUAUCUAUCUAUCUAUCUAUCUACGUAUUUCAAUAUAUUAUCUAUCUAUCUAUCUAUCUAUCUAUCUAUCUAAUUAUCGAUUUCAAUAUAUCUAUCUAUCUAUCUAUCUAUCUAUUUCAAUAUAUCUAUCUAUCUAUUUCAAUAUAUUAUCUAUCUAUCUAUCUAUCUAUCUAUCUUGGUCCAUUCAUUAUCUAUAUAUCUAUCUAUUUCAAUAUAUUAUCUAUCUAUCUAUCUAUCUAUCUAUCUAUCUAUCUAUCUAUAUAUAUAUAUAUAGAUAUAUAUAUAUAUAUAUAUAUAUAUAUAUAUAUAUAUCGACGUAUUUCAAUAUAUUAUCUAUCUAUCUAUCUAUCUAUCUAUCUAAUUAUCUAUUUCAAUCUAUCUAUCUAUCUAUUUCAAUAUAUCUAUCUAUCUAUUUCAAUAUAUUAUCUAUCUAUCUAUCUAUCUAUCUAUCUUGGUCCAUUCAUUAUCUAUAUAUCUAUCUACGUAUUUCAAUAUAUUAUCUAUCUAUCUAUCUAUCUAUCUAUCUAUCUAUCUAUCUAUCUAUCUAUCUACGUAUUUCAAUAUAUUAUCUAUCUAUCUAUCUAUCUAUCUAUCUAUCUAUCUUGGUCCAUUCAUUAUCUAUAUAUCUAUCUAUUUCAAUAUAUUAUCUAUCAUUCAUCUAUCUAUCUAUAUAUAUAUAUAUAUAUAUAUAUAUAUAUAUAUAUAUCGACGUAUUUCAAUAUAUUAUCUAUCUAUCUAUCUAUCUAUCUAUCUAAUUAUCUAUUUCAAUCUAUCUAUCUAUCUAUUUCAAUAUAUCUAUCUAUCUAUUUCAAUAUAUUAUCUAUCUAUCUAUCUAUCUAUCUAUCUAUCUAUCUUGGUCCAUUCAUUAUCUAUAUAUCUAUCUACGUAUUUCAAUAUAUUAUCUAUCUAUCUAUCUAUCUAUCUAUCUAUCUAUCUAUCUAUCUAUCUUGCUUCAACACUUGGUCUAUUCAUUAUCUAUCUAUCUAUCUAUCUAUCUAUCUAUCUAUCUAUCUAUCUAUCUAUCUAUCUAUCUCAUUCUAUUCAUUAUUUAUUUAUCUAUCAAUCUUAUUUAUUAUCUGUUUAUUUAUUUGA